AAAUUAUCUCCAGGGAGGAAGCUUCCUCGAAGCUGCCAUGGCCACACUUUCUCUCCCUCCAUUUAACCACUUCAUCUCCCUCCCUAUUUCCCUGAAUUUCCUUCUCUCCUCUCUUUCUCUCUCUCCUCUUCUUUCUCUCUCUUCCUUUUCCCAUGUCAGCGAUGAAAAUCAUGAACAAAUUCACUCCCAAACAACUCUUCCGGCUCAAGAAAACCCGGUCCGUCACCCGGGCCGACCCAUCUUCCUACAGCUCCGGUUCAUCCUCUUCCGACUCAACCGAUUCCUCGUCGAUCCACAAGCCCCAUCUCCGAAAAUCGACUCCUACCAGCGUUUUGCGCUCUAGAUCGGCCGAAAUAUCGGAGAUCUCCGCCGAUUUAUCGGACAUAUCGUCCGAUGUGUACUCCGAUGUGGUUCAAGCUUUCAAAAUGAUCGAUAAGGACGGCGAUGGAAAGAUAACCAGGAAACAACUCGGGGCUUUGCUCAGCCGAGUCGGGACCGAACCGGCUAGCGAAGAGGAGCUGACGAUGAUGCUGAGCGAAAUUGAUAGGGAUGGUGAUGGGUGUAUUACUUUGGAAGAGUUUAGCGCGAUCGGCUCAGCUUUUGGGCCUGCUCAGUGCGACUCGGAGCUUCGCGAUGCGUUUGAUUUCUUCGACGCCGAUCAUGAUGGUCGAAUCACGGCUGAGGAGCUUCAGUCGGUUUUCGCGGCCAUUGGUGAUGAUAGUUGUACUGUAGAGGAUUGCAGGCGCAUGAUAAGCGGGGUUAACAAGAAUGGAGAUGGGUUCGUAUGCUUCGAGGACUUUACGCGUAUGAUGGGGUUGCAGAGGUGAAGGCCUUUCGAUUUGGUUGGGUGAUCCAUCACCAUCAUGAUCACGUUCUUUAUGUUUUGAAGUCCUUGAUUGAUUUUUUUUUUUUUUUUUGGAGUUAGGGCUGUGUGUGUUUUUUUAGCGGUGAGAUUAAGAUCAGAAAUGUGGGAUGAAGAGGGAUCAAUCAAUUGGAGGACUGUGAUUGGUUGAUCUCUGUGAAAGUUGAACAAAAUUCUUCCUUCUGCUUUGUAUAUGAGAAUUAAUCAAUCAAUCAUCUUUUAUCUACCAA